UUGUGUAAAGCAGAAAGCGGAAGCGCUGUCCGUCGCUUCCUCCUGCUGUCCUCCGUGCUCACUCCUGCUGUUUGAAUGAGAUCUUUUAAUGAUUAAAUUCAUAUUCAGAUACUUCAAUUUGAUAAAAAGCUGUUGAAAGUCAUGUCCUCAGACGCUGUGAAGAAGAGAAAGCCGAAGGUCAUCCGAAAUGAAACGGGAACUCCGGAGACCAAGCGAGGUCGAGCAGAAGGCGAUCAGGUCACGUAUCCAGCCGGACCUCAUCUUAUCGGACAGAGGAAGCUGUUUACAGCAAAGACUCAGGACGUCCGUGUGUAUAAUGAGGAGGUGGAGUUGGAGGCCAGGGACCCGCAGCAGGACUACAUGCUGUAUAAGGACACGUGUGCCGCUCUGGCCAAACUGAUGGCGGAAAUCCAGGAGCUGAAAGCCGGCGGUGCGAAAGUCGGAAGCGUGGAGAUCGAGGAGAGACGCACACAGUGCAGCGUUCAUUUCAUUACCCUGAAGAAACUCAACCGCCUGGCGCACAUGCGACUGAAGAAAGGCCGAGACCAGACACAUGAGGUGAACACACACAUUGUCUCGACUAUAAAAAUAUGUAAUCUGCUAGAAUACUAUUGAUUUAUUAUUGUUCUUUGUUUCAGGUCUCAGCAUGAGGAGAUUGAGUUGGUCAGUGAAGAGGAGUUUUUUCAGGAGGCUCCGGCUGAGAUCUCACGCCCUCAUGUCACCCGCGAUGACCAACACCAGCUCACGCUCGCCCGCCUGGACUGGGAACUAGAGCAGAGGAAGAGGUUGGCGGAGCAGUAUAAGAUGUCUCUGGCCAGAAAGGAGAAGAUACAGAAAGCCAUUGAGCAGAAGAGAGAAUAUCUGAGCAGCCUUCAACCUGGACUGCAAAACAUCAUGCAGGCGUCUCUCCCAGUGCAGGAGUAUCUGGCGAUACCAUUUGAGCACAUGCAGAAGCAGGCCGAGGUCUCCCGCCACCUGCCGCCCCCUCUGUACGUGCUGUUGGUCCAGGCGGGUGCGUACGGACAGGCUUGCGACAAAAACCUGUCUGUGAGCAUCAGUGGAGAUGUGGAUGAGGCCAAAGCUCUCUCCAGGCCCCCGGAGGACUCGCAAGAUGAUGAAAGUGAUUCAGAUGCUGAAGAGGAGCAACAGAACACAAAGCGCCGGCGGCCGACUGUAGGUGUUCAACUGGAUGACAAGCGUAAAGAGAUGCUGAGACGCCACCCUCUCUCGCUCUGCGUGGACCUCAAGUGCAAAGACGGCAGCGUCCUGCAUCUGUUUUUCUAUUAUCUCAUGAAUCUCAACAUUCUGACUGUGAAGACCAAAGUUUCCACCACUACAGAUCUGUCCGGAGCCGUCAGCGCUGGAGAGCUGCUGAACUCCGAGAGUCUGCUGAACUGUCUUUAUGCGUCUGAUCACGGCAAAGAGACGCCCAACCCUGCCAACCGCUACCAGUUUGAUAAAGUCGGAAUCACUACGUUUGCGGAUUAUGUGUCAGAUCUCGGACAUCCGUAUGUUUGGAUGCAGAAACUGGGUGGCCUGCAGUUCUCGUCUGAUUCGGCGCUGACAGGCAGCGCUCUGAGCGCCAGUCACAUGGAGAGGACCAUGAAACUGCUGCGAGGAAGACUGCAGGCUCGACUGGCCCUACACAAACAGUUCAGCUCACUGGAGCACAGCAUCAUACCUGUCUCCAGCGAGUGCCAACAUCUGUUUCCUGCUAAAGUGGUUUCCGGUCUCAUGCGCUGGACCAUGAUGAGCCACCAGGAAUUCACUGAGCUGGGCUUCGUGCAGCAUGUGUUGAAGGCCGGCCUGGUGCAUGAGACCGAUCUGUUCUUCAUGGCGGUUGUAGAGAGAGGAACAGCUCGUCUGCUGGCCGCUGUGGUGAUGAACCCGCGUUACCCUGAGGUCGCGCCGCUCUUCUCUUUCUCUCUGCACUGGAAAGGAGAGCGCAGCGGGCGCACUGAUGAUAACCUGCGGGCGAUGGAGAGCGAGGUGAACGUGUUCCGCUCCGAGCUGCAGGGGCCACGCCCGGGUCUCCAGCUCCUGACCAAUCAGAUCCAGCGCUUGUGUGUGUGUCUGGAUGUGUAUCUGGAGACGGAGAGUCAAGUGUGUGACGGCUCUGAGGGACCCAAGGAGUUUCCCAGAGAGAAGAUGUGCUUGCGCACUGCCAGGUAA